UCGGAAGGUUCUGAGCUUUAAAGUAAACACGGAGAAAUGGUUGACAUGACGGCGGUGGUUUGACGGUGAAUAUCGGCAUCAGCGGCGCUGCAGCAGAGCAGCAUAGGCCCGAUAAACGCAUUCAGUCGUUCCUGACAACUUCUAAGCUCAGGUGGAUUCUUGCUGGUGAGAAAUGGCUGAAGGAGGCUUCGACCCGUGUGAGUGCAUCUGCUCUCAGGAGUACGCUAUGAGGCGCCUCAUCAACCUGCUCAGGCAAUCCCAGUCGUACUGUACUGACAUCGAGUGUCCUCAGGAGUUGCCCGGACCCAGCGGGUCAGUGGGUGGAGGAGGGGACCUGACCCUGCCCAUGGUCCUGAUGGGGUGGGUGGUGGUGGCUCUGGUCCUGUUUUUGCUGCGCCCUUCCAGCCUCAGAGGAGCCCGUCCUUCUGGCAAGCCCUCUGGACCUCACAAUAGUGAAAGAAGGGAGCCCCCUGCACCACCAGUGGACUAACACUGAGUCAGACCACCACAGGCUACAACUGUGAGCAGGACAACAGCAUCUUCCUGUCGGCCUUAAAUCACAAAUCUUCUUUUCAUUACCUGGUUACAGUUUUUGUUCUGUGACCAAUGUUACUAAAACUGGCCUGACACUGAAUCAGUAAACUGUUGACGUGAUCAUGUUCUAUAGAGGCUAAAAAUAAUUUUUUGCACACAUAUAUUAGAAAAAUAUAAACAGUAUAAUUUGUUUCUUUGGCUUUUCUCUUUUUUAUAUAUAUAUAUUAUAUGUCCUUUUUUGUUAUGAUUGAAAUCUACAUUAACCAUUGCAUUAUGAUUUAUAAUAAUCAGCAGCCUGUCACUAGCUGUUAGUAAUCCAGAAAACGGACCCUUUAAGGAUAUUCCAGCAUAAGUACCACUUAUGUUCUUUUACAACUCAGGAUCCUAAUUAUCAGUACGUUGCUUAUUCACAAAGUCUUAAAUCAGGAUGUGUGUUUGAGGUUGAAGUUGGUCCCAGGUCUCAGCCAUGGUGUUAACACACCAUUAGAGCUGGGACAUUAACUCUGAAUGAAGGAAUGUGCUGCCUGAUUAGGGUGGAGAUCCUGGAAAUUCCCCAUUAGGUGGUUUUGAUUACCGUUUCCAGUCUUGCUCAGUCAGGAGUAGUGCGGAUUUUCUUGAUUGCUCUAAGACAUUCCUCUCAGUAGGUUUUAAAAUUGUUACUUUAAGCUGUGCCAGUAAAGACAUAUCAGGAAUUUGUCUUUAUGCAAUGAAAGACUUCCCUGAAGUAAAUUGAAUAGCUCAAAUCUUAAAUCGGGAUUUUCUUUUUGGAGUGCUUUCUAAGUUGUGAAUUAAUCUUGUUUUUGUUUACAGCAAACCACUUUAGAUCAGGUUCUUAAACUGUACCAACAAAUCAGUCGGGGUAUACUUCUUUUUCAGAAGUGUAAUAAUCCAAAGGCUGACUAAAUAUGUAUAGUUAAGUGGUGCCAAUGGAAAUUUAUCGUUCUGAAAUUAAUUUUAAGCACUUUUUACAAACUAUUUUCCAAUACAAAGCUAUUUGAUUAAAUGAAUGGUCUGCAUGCUCAAAUAUUUACCAUUUGAGUUAUUGGGAACAAUAUUUAGUGAAGAAGUAGUCUAUUUUUCUUGGAUAUUUUCUUUUCUGUUUUACAUAACGACGCAAUCAGCCCACAGCCACUAAACCAAGACAUCCUGCUGCUUUUUUCUUAAGCUUUAUCAGAGUUUGUGAACAUCUUUCUUAUCUGGGAUUUGGGAUUCUGAAACUCUUGCAUUAGCUGUUGUUGGAUUGAAGGGUGUUCAGCUGGAAUGCCUUUGGACACGUGGCUACCUUAUUUCAAUACCAGCAGCAAAUUUCUUUAUUUGUUCUGUAGCUGUCAGGAUGGCCAGGAAGAGCUUUAUGAAUCAUAUUGACAUUAGGUUGUGAUAUACAGGAACGGAUAGAAAAUGGGUUACAUCUCUGACUACUGUUUAUCAUAUGACACCUCAAAUGAUAAUGUUUAGUAAAUAGAAUUUUAAGGGCUUGAACUAUGCACUUUUCUUACAAUAAAAAAAUCAAUACUUAAAUCUGAA